CACAUUGGACCAAGUCUUCUUGGCUGGGGAAAAACUGCAUUGCAAUUAUUAGCUGACCAGCUUCCAGCACAUGUUUGAUCUUCAGAAAACACUAAACAAAUUAUACAGUGUAAACAUUGAUUGCUAAUAUUUUUGUACUGCAUGGUAGAUAAGCAAUCUAAUCUAAUGAGCCGUGGUGGCGCAGUGGUUAGAGUGCAGUACUGCAGUACUGCAGGCUACUUCUGCUGCCUGCUGCCUGCCUGCAAUUUGGCAGUUCAAAUCUCACUAGGCUCAAGGUUGACUCAGCCUUCCAUCUUUCCAAGGUCGGUAAAAUGAGGACUCAGAUUGUUGGGGGAAUAUGCUGACUCUGUAAACCUCUUAGAGAGGGCUGUAAAAGCACUGAAGUGGUACAUAAGUCUAAGUGCUAUUACUAAUCAUAAACCAAAGCUGCUUCAAAUGAGACAAGAAGGAACUAAUAUCUCUUUGUCCUGAACUUAGAGAAAUUGGUGUGACAUGGAUAAAAUCCUCAGCUAAUUGCCUACUAGUUCAGGUCACAUGGCUAAGUACUGGCAAUAUAGUUAAAAAUUUUAUUUCCAGAAAUAUUAAUUGACUUAAACCAGAUUUAAUCUUGUAUACAGCUAAUUCACCACAGCUUGAUUUUAAAUUCAGUUCUAUUAGAGGGCUGUUUCAAUGCUACAGAUAGAAUCCUUGAAGUUACAUCCUAUAUUUAGGUGUGUUUGUCUGGUGGGGUCUGUAGUUUUGGAGAACUACAUCAUCUUCAUUUCAUGGUGGCACCUAAACCUAGUAGAUGAAAGAUACUUGCCUCGCAAAGCUUGCAAACUGCUGUAUGAUUGCUCACUUUCAUGUUAGCAUUACAAGGCUCACAUGAAAAUUAGCUUUAAAUCAAGGAUAAUGGCAGGCAGUAUUUCCAAUCAGUAAACAGAUGUGGUCAUAGCUCAGAAGAAUACGGGAUAGGCCUCACUUAGCAACAUUCGUAUCAUUCAAAGUUAUAGCAAUGUAAAAUAAAUCAAUUUUGUGACCAAUCCUUGCAUUCAUGACUGUUGUUAAUGUGCUCCACAAUUGAUUUCUGACAAGCACAGUUAAUGGAGAACAGAGAAAUAAAAUCACAAGUCACAGUCAUGUGAUAUCUCAUUUAUCAAUCACAAUGAUUUGCCAAACAACUGAAUGGGAAGUGACUCAUAAGCCUGUUGCAGUCACUUGAUUUUUCACUUAGCAACCACAGUGGUUAGUGACAGAAUUGCCAGUCCCCGUUGUGAUCAUUAAGCAUGGUCUAUGGCAGGGGUGUCAAACUCAGUACUUAGCCAUCACGUUGUUCUCACAGGACGUAUUGCGACUUUAUUCCCCUUUGCUAAAACGGGGAUGGGCAUAGCCAACAUGUGACGCACCAGCCGGGAGUUUGACAUCACUGGUCUAUGGAAAUGCAAUCUUUACAAUAUAUCUUGUUUAAUGACCACAAUUGGGACAAGCAAAUUGGUCAUUAAGUGAAGUGACUGCUAAUCACAACCAUGCUUAUAAUCUUACUUCAGCUUUCCAUUGCUUUACAGAACUGCAAAUAAGGCAGGUAUUGGUCAUGAAGUUAUUUUUUCAUCCUCAUUGCAACUGCAAGCAGAUGCUAAAUAAGUCAGUCAUUAAAUGAAGACUACGUGUAGGAACAUUUUCUUCAAAUGAUAUCUCAAAUUUUGCAUGCAGAUUUUGUCCAUUUUCUGGAGCAAUCAAUCUAUGAACCAAUUUCCUGAUGAGAAUUAUUUCUGUAGUUCAGAAAAGUGAUUAAAUAAUAAAUAAAACUGGCUCUCCUGGGCCCACUGCAAAUCUUUUUAUUUUCUAGACUAGGGCAAAUGAUCAUAAUCAAAUCACAAAGCACUUGUUUUGCAUGCAAGUCACAUAAAAAAUUGAUGGCAUGUCCAGCUUUUAAUGUAUCUUAAAUGGAAGGAGUGAGUCUGCUUGAGCCAUAAUAUAGUACAAAAUAUUAAGACAGUUGAACCAAUGCAUUGAUUCUGUUUUCACUGGCUGGCAUUACAGGCUGAAUGUCUAGUAGCCUUUACAAAGCUGACUUUCACUAUGUCAAGGGGCAUAAAAAUCCAUCUUUAAAAAGGUUUUACAAAGGAGCACAGUAGUCCUCACUUCUAACACAGAAGCAGCCUCUCUUCUUCAUUCGGAGGUGCUCCAGGGCCUCCCUUUCAAUCUGGACUAACAUUCUGAUCGCUGGAAGAUGUUCUAUGUAUGCAUAAGAGCCCCUUUCAGAUACUGGAAAUGCUGAUUGAAAUUGUGCUGCCUUGUGAGAUGAAUUGUGUCGCCUCUGCUGUAUGAGACAAAUAAUAGUAUCUCACACGUUGUUAAGUAAUUUUUUUAAAAUCGGAAAAGCAAAUAAAUGGUAUUUCUGUUCAUCUAAAUUAAACCAUAACAAUUACAAUAUAUUUCUACAGAUUUGUACAAAUUUUAAGUUGUGGAGGAAGCUAAAUAUUAAAGAUCCAGAGUCCCCAAGAAAAAGGACAGAAUUUUCAAUGCCAGGUUCUAGGUAAAAAAAAAGAAUCGCCUCACCCAGUUCCAUUCACCGUUCAUCUACACGGCUCCAGCACAUUCUUUGUUUCCUUGGCUGCCCCAGCUUCACAGCAGCCAUAAUGGCUGCCUCUCCUUUUCAUCAUUGGAUGGGAGGAAAUUUUUGUGGUCCACCAGCAGCCUGCGGUGGCAACGGAGUCGGACAGCGAUGAGGGUGGUGGAUUGUGAAAUACUGCCUUUUAUGAAGCUGUAUGAAGAGAGUCUGCUGUUACAGUAGUUUGUGGAUUAAAGAGAAAAGGAGAAAACAUUACUCUCAGUUAUCUCACCUAUUUAAGAAAAGCCUCUAUCCUGACACCAAGGUAUGGGACGAAAAGUGGCCAUUAUUGGGGCAGGAGUGAGUGGGCUGGCCUCUAUCAAGUGCUGCCUAGAAGAAGGACUGGAACCUACCUGCUUUGAAAAAAAUGAUGUCAUUGGAGGACUUUGGCAAUUCACAGACAUUCCUGAAAAGGGAAGGACCAAUGUUUACAGAUCUGUGGUGAGCAAUACGUCCAAGGAAAUGACCUGCUUCAGUGACUUCCCAUUUCCAGAAAGCUGUCCUAACUACCUACAUCACUCCUUAGUCCUGGAGUACCUCAAGGAUUAUGCUAAACAUUUUCACCUUCUGGAUUGCAUUCAAUUUAAGACUAUAGUAUACAGCAUCAGAAAACAUCCGGAUUUCAAAACUACUGGACAAUGGGUGGUCUACACAGAGGCUAACGGAAAACAGGCAUCAACUGUCUUUGACGCAGUUAUGAUUUGCAGUGGCCAUUAUACAGAAGUUAAUCUACCCUUAGAUUCUUUUCCUGGAUUGGAAAACUUUAAAGGUCAUUACAUGCAUAGCUGGGAAUACAGAGAUCCAAAAGGGUUAGAGGGUAAAAAAGUUCUGAUACUUGGUGCUGGGAACACUGGAGGUGAUGUUGCCGUGGAAGUGAGCCGCACAGCUGCCAAGGUCUUUCUCAGCACCAGAAAUGGAGCCUGGGUACUGAGUCGGAUGUCAAAAGCUGGCUGGCCAAAUGAUAUGGUCUUCCAAACUCGAUUUCUAUACUUCAUUCAAAGACUUCUUCCUGUCAGCAUUAGGGACAAGUUAUUGGCAAAUAAAUUCAAUCAAUGGUUUAACCAUAAGAAUUAUGGAUUGAUCCCUAUUAAAAGUUCAUUGACCUACGUCAUUAUAAAUGACGAACUGCCCAGCUGCAUCCUCUGUGGUUCAGUGGUUGUAAAGCCAAAUGUGAAGAGGUUUACUGAGACUUCUGCCAUAUUUGAAGAUGGAACCAUAGAAGAAAAUAUAGAUGUGGUCAUUUUUACUACAGGCUAUACUGCUUCAUUUCUCUUCCUGGAAGAAUCGAUUCGCAAUGUUUGCAAAAGUAGUACAUUCCUUUAUAAACAAAUAUUCCCUCCUUACUUGCAGAAGCCCACACUUGCCUUCAUAGGUUUUAUAUCAGUAACGGGAUCUAUUCUACCAGCAGUGGAACUUCAGGCUCGUUGGGUUACAAGAGUGUUUAAUGAAUCUAAUAAGCUGCCUCCAAUGAACAGAAUGAUGAAUGAAAUUGCUAAGCAGAAGAAAAGGCUCCUUAAAAAGGGUACUUCCAACACAGAGAAAGAAAAGGAAUUAUUUGUUCACUACAUGGAUGAAAUUGCUGUUUGCAUAGGGGUUAAGCCCAAUGUGCCAUUACUUUUACUACAAGACCCCAGACUAGCUUUGAAGAUCUUAUUUGGUCCUUGUACCUCUUACCAGUAUCGCCUUUGUGGACCUGGAAAGUGGGAGAAAGCUAGAAAUGCAAUUCUGACCCAGUGGGACCGUGUUCUCAAGCCGCUGAAGACUCGGAUCAUAGACAAUUCUUCUUCAAAACGUAUCAAGCCAUCCCUUUGGAAAAAAAUAUCCCACUUCACUAUAUUCCUUGGAACUACUAUACUCAUCAUACUUCUGUACUCAUUUUAUACCAACUAAGGAAAAUACUUAAUCUUAGAACUUUAUUUCAUAAUUUUACAGCAGGAAUAAAAAAACUAAUCUGGCAUCAAAGCAGCAUACAAAAUGCAUAUAUAUGCUGGACUUGGAAAAAAUAAUCUUGUAAAAUACAAUAUUUUUGCUCAGAAAUAUUUAUGUCCAAUGGAACUUAUUACCUGAUAUAUUCACCCCAUGAAACCUGAACGGUUGUUUCACCGAUUAUGCAAAAUAGCACCCUGACCUUAUGCGAAACUGCAAGUUUUGUCUUCUAUUUACUUUUCCAUGAUCUUCCUCAUUUUCAUCAGAUUCAGGCAACGUGUAGACAGCUGCCCUAUAAUCCUUCCUUAUUGACUGAUUGUUUUUUCCAAUAUUGCUUUCUAAGCUGUAUCAAUUGUUUUGAAAUUAAAAUGCAAUGAAGUAUAUAGCUUAAAAUGCUCCAAGCAAACUCUAAUCAAAAAUAAACAUUUACAUUCACUAAAUGUAUUGUUAUCAGCCAGUAUCUCUACAAAAUAUAUUCCAUGUGAGCCUAGUUAUGAAACACAGUCAUCUCACUUUAUGGAAUGAGGGAUCUUUCAAUAGCAGACCUCUCCUGGAAUCAAAUCACAGAAUGCAUAUUCCCAUCUUUAAAAGGGGUAAUUAAACCUUUAAAGCAGAGGUGUCAGAAUCUAUUUCAUUGAGGGCCGCAUCAGGGUUGUGUUUGUCCUUGGGGGGCCAGGGUGAGCGUGGCCAGGGUAGACGUGGCCAGCUCAACGUCACUUGUGUCAGGGGUAUCUGUGGUGGCCCAAGCGCUCUGUCAAUGAAAACGGGCUUCCAAGCUCCAUUUCCAGCUGUGAAGGCCUCCUGCAACCCUCUGCCAGUGAAAACGGAGCUCAAGAGGACCAUAUGUGGCCCUUGCAAGCUCUAUUUCCAGCUGCAACUGCCUCCUGCCAACCCUCCUGCAGCCCUCCCGAGCUCCAUUUUCACUGGCAGAGGCACCGCGGGCUGGUCCUUUGCUGUUUCCAGAGCAGCCCCACGGGCCAGAUCUAAGCACCCCACAGGCCGGAUGUGGCCCCUGGGCCUUGAGUUUGACACCCCUGCUUUAAAGCUUUUGGAGACCUUGAGUUGCUGCUGACUGACUAAAAUAAUACUGGUCUAAAAAUAACUCCAUGUCCUCCCAACCUCAUCACGAAUUUAUCCCAGUAACAAUGUUAUAUGUCAUCCCCAGUCCUCAGCUAAGGCAGUCUUGAACUCAUCUUUACCUGUACUGGUUUUAAAGUAUUGAUUUUCUUUUUCUCUAGACAGUCUUUGCUAUUGACAUGCUCUAGGACAGCGGUCACCAACUGUGGUCCGUGGACCAGUGGUGAUCCAUGAGAAAAUGUUGAUGGUCCGCAGAAAAACUAUUUGCAUUUUUUAUAUUGAACUAAAUACUACUUGUCUUUUUAAAACAUGUAUAUUAGUGGUCCGCAGGAUUUAAAAUUAUGGAUUUAGUGGUCCCUGAGGUCUGAAAGGUUGGUGACCCCUGCUCUAGGAAGUUAAAUGAAGUGGACAGCAAUGCAGCCGGGGACUGGCAUUUGCAAACUCUGAGUAGUCCCUUUAGGCUGAUGUGAGCAGGCAGCCUUUCCCCCCUAGUGGCUGGGACCUACUCCUAUGACCAUUUUGGCUGGACAUCUGGCUUCUACGAAAGCAUAUGCUCACGCAAUGCCUGACUAGGGCUGUUGUGGCUCCAGCCCCCCACCCCACCCCCGGGCGUGGCCACCUGCCAGAGAGUGACUCAGAGAGUGAAGGGGAAGGGCCGUCAGGGCUCCCUUCUGCAGGGCCGACUUCCCUGGCUCAGCUCCAGGAGCCAAAGGCAGGCCAGGUGGAAGAGGUGACGAGGCCUCUGUCUCCUGUAUCUCCCCUCACCCAGGAAACGCUUCCAGACCCAGCUGAGGACAAUCAGUCCUGGUUAGAUCCCAGGUUUCGUAGACAAGAGAGGCGGGAACAACAGAAGCAGGGGUGGGGCAGGCCUAGAAAGUGCUGAGUCACGGAGCCACACCCACAGGGUAUAAAAGCAGGAGUGGCUGCUAUUACUGCUUCGUGACAAACAAAUCAAACUGCCUAGAGAGAACUUGAGCUGAAGUGCUGUUUAUUCCUGACUUCCUGGUUGACACGCCGGCAUCAAGAAAGAGAACAGAAAACAGAAAAACCUUGGAAGACGCUUGCUGGGUUGCUGCCAGAGCUGAUAGCUGCUGUAGACUCAACUGCCGGCUAAUUGAGUCAUUUCUCGUACCUCCCAGACUGAAGUGCGGGGGACAGAACAGGGGUUUUCAAGUCACUUUUCAAGGCUUGCGUGGAUGCUUAACAUGCACAGGCUUAGCACAUUUGCUUUCUUGGUUUCUUAUGGAAGUCUGUUUUGACCUGGUGAUUUUGCCUCCUCCAUAGGCUAGUUUCAGCUGGUGCCAGCAAUGGCCUCUUGUUGCAAGUACUAUCAUUUCUUUGAAGCACAACUCAAAGAGUUUGUACAUUAUUGAUUACUCCCUCCUGCUUCACCAUGUGCUCUGCCUGUUAGCUCAACUAAUAGGUGAAGCAUAGGGAACAUCCUCAUUGCAUUUUGCAGCCUCGCCUCCAAACUUGUGAUCUGAUAUUCAGAUUAUUUCUGAACACUUGUUUAGCAAUCUGUUUAAAGUGUGUUUACCCUGUAUCCAACAUUAGCCCAGCUGAGAAGUCUCGGGGCUAGAGAAAUGAAGAACCUCAGCCUGCUAGCUGGGUAACUUAACAUGCACCAAAUUCACCAUUGCUCCACCCUACUGCAGUUAGGGGACAAGCAAACCUCCUAAAACUAUACUAGUAGAAUACCAAAACAAGCUUCAAGCCCAUUCCACUAUGCAGGCAAAAGAAAGGAGAACAAGACAAAUCAGCCAUCAAUAGGUACACAGAGAUACAUCUACAAAAGAGAAAAUCAACAAGGAAACAAAAAGACAAAAACAUCUCCUCCCCAGCAAUAAACACCCAGAUCAUCAGAGAUUAACACUAGGAUUAAUAUCAGAGCAACAAUUAAGCAGUGAAUAAUAGCCCAAUCAGAGAACUUCCAACUCAGACAAACAAUCAAACAAGUAAGCAACAAACUAAUCAAGGAACUAUCAAGAAUUCUAACAGGGCAAGCCACUUGUAUAAAAAUAGAGAGCAAACUCCACUCUCUUUAGUACUGAUAAUGUUACCUAGUUGGAUAAUGAAACAUCUGCAAGAAAACAAACAAGCUGACAAUGGAAUUGUCAUUUUAAAAUAAAUUUACAUAUACUAUUUGAGUUAAGAUGUUUUGAGAAUGUACUAUAUGCAUUUUGUGAAGUUUUUCUUGCUUUUGCUCUUAAAUUUUCAUUUGUAAAGCAAAGUUAUAAACAACUACAUAU